AUGGCCGCGGCGGCGCGUGGAGGCGACGACGCACCGAAGCAGUCGGGGUUGCUCGCGGCCGAGGUGGCGGCCGUUGCGCUGAAGAGGGCCGGCGCGGACGCAACCGCUGAAGCGGCUGUGGUGGGCGAUCCGGCUGGUGUCGGGGCAGGAGAUGUAGUGGAAGCUGUGGACGCGACCGAGGGUGCUGCAGGCGUGGGCGGCGCAGCUGGUGUCGUGGCCGUCGUCAGGGCAGAGCACAUCGGCGAAGUAGUCGACGGUGACACCGGGGUCGAAGUCGCAGCAACCGCAGGGACGCGACCCGAGGGCGCUGUCGGUGUGGGCGGCGCAGCUGCUGCCGUGACUGUCGUCGUCGGGGCGGAGGUCGCGGACGGCGAUGUCGUGCAAGAUGGCUGA